CCGUCGCUGUGUGGGCGGACACGGCUCGGGCCCCUCGACGGAAAAAGGGCCGCCCUCUGGACGCCGGCGAGCCGGGCCGGGGCCCGGGGCCAGCGGGGGGGGCCUGGGGGGCACCGGCGGCCACGCGGUCCCCGCGCACCUGGCCUGGGCGUGGCUCAAAGGGCCCCGCCCCCCCCGAGCGCGCCGGGCCCUGGUUGGCGGAGGUGGUGCGCUAUGCUAAUGAGCCUGACCCCCCCGCACCUGACCCCGGCCGGGCUCGGGCCAGCCGGCGCCGGACAGACAGACUGACGGACGGACAGCGGGGACCCACGGCCUCGCUGAGGGAGGGGAGGAUGCCACGCUCCUUCCUGGUGAAAACGCACUCCAGCCACAGGGUCCCCAACUACGGGCAGCUGGAGACGCAGAGAGCCUGUUUCCCUGAGAGCUGCACCGUUUUAUGUUGCCUCCAGCAGUGUAUGAGGUUCCAAGUUCUCUGCCCCCCAACACUCAUCACCGUCUGUCUUUUGGGCGACAGCUAUCAUGGAGGCAGUGGCUCCUGCGCUGCGUGUGACCGGCUGCUGCUGCCCUUCCAGCGCCCCGACACGGCAGCCCCUGCUGCGCCCCAGGACGGCGACCCAAUCGUCCCCUGCCUCCCCCUGCCCUGCAACGAUGAAGGCUGGGGGGUGCCUGGCCCGGCCCCCCUAGAGCCCAACCCGGUGCCGCACAGCAGCCAGGUCCCAGGGGCGCCUCCCGGAGGCAGCGUGCGCCCCCUCCAGCGGCCCCCACGGUGGCUGCUGCCUCCGACCCGGGCCCCAGGGGCAGACGAGGCUCCAGGCCAGCAGCUCGGGGGCGAGGACGGGGGACAGGCCCCAGGGGGCUUCCACAGCCUCGACGGCCCCGGGGCCUCCCCCGCGGCCCCCCGCGCCUUCCCCUGCAGGCUCUGCGAGAAGGCGCCCACCAGCCUGGGUGCCCUCAAGCUGCACGUCCGCACCCACACGCUGCCCUGUGUCUGUGCCGUGUGUGGCAAGGCCUUCUCCAGGCCCUGGCUGCUGCAGGGCCACGUCCGCACCCACACAGGUGAGAAGCCCUACGCCUGCCCCCACUGCGGCAGGGCCUUCGCCGACCGCUCCAACCUGCGGGCACACCUGCAGACGCACGCCAACACCAAGAGGUUCCCGUGCACCGGCUGCGCCAAGACCUUCUCCCGCGGGUCUCUCCUGGCACGGCACGUGGAGUCGGGCUGCCUGGCGCCCGGGAGCCGGCGGUCAGCUCCAUGAGGGCCUGUGGGGCCAGGGGCUGCCUCCCCGCCUGCCGACUCACCAGCUUCUUGGACGGUUUCAGCCCUGGCUAAGCAGGUUGGGGAGCCCAGCCUCGGGGGGCAGCCUGGCAGGGCGCAGCCGUGAGCAGGACAGAGCGGCUGUGCAGUCAGCCUCCGUGCUGGGCUCGAGGCCAGGCUGGGCCGCUUUGCACCGUGCACACUCCAGCAGACAUGCGAGCACCAGGGGGUGCAGAUUUGGGGACCCCUCCCCCUGAUUUGUGCCUUUGGGGUAGAACCUGCUUGGAGCCCCCAGGAGCUGCAUGUCCCUCCGAGGUGGCAGUGGCUUCUGGCGGGGAAUAAAGUCUCUUUGCUCCCGCCUGUUGUUCCCUGGAGCCCCUCGUCUUGCAGACCUUGGGGUCUGCACAGGAGGCUGAACUCUGAAAUCGCCCCAGAGGCAACGGCCCCCCCGUGGUAACUUGGGGCCCCUGGCCUCAGAGAGGGGCUGCCAGGGCCA